AUGGGCCCAGUAGGAGACCCGAAGAAGCCUGGCCCCUUCCCUAUCGUCCUAACAAAGGAACGACAAAAGUCAUCACCCAUGCCCACAGAGGACCGGGACAGCUCGGGAAACACCAGCGGCCCUGGAGAGGCCGGCGGUGCUUUUUACUUCCCUUCCAGCUCCGAGUACAGCAGCCUCGAAGAGACACGCAGUGCCGAUAAAGCCGCCGGCAGGAGAGUCCGCAUCUCUGACGGCUCAGAACACAACACCCCCAGAAGCCCCAACGAGUCCUCAGACAUUAUCGUAAACAUCCGCACCAGAAGUCCCCACGGCCGCAGAAUCGCCAGAGAACGCAGCCCUCGGGAUGAUCCCGAAAGAUCCCUUCACGGGUUUGGGCAAUCAUUCGGAGUCGGGAGCGCCCCCGAGACCCGCGAGCGUGAUGACUACGGGACCUACCCCGACAGCCUCGGCACCAGUCACAGCAGCGCCGGCAGCCUUCUCCCCACCCUCAGCAGCCUCCCCGACACCCUCGAAACCCCUCCCAGCACCCUCGGCACCAACUUUCGCGGCUCUAGCGCCCACAAGAAAAGGCCAGGUCGAGCCUCGACGGCGGCUGGUACACUCAGGAGCCCCCCGGAGACCCUCGCCAGCACCGGCCGUAGCAGCACCGGCCGCAGCAGCACCAGCAGCAUCCCCCUCACCCGUGGCACCAUUCCAGACACCGUCAGCACGCUUCCCACCACCCUCGGCACAACUCGCGACUCUACCGCCCGCACAGGAGAGCCUAGUAUAGCCUCGACGGCGGCUAGUAUAUGGAGGCGUGUGGGACACGGGUUGUCCGCCUUGCGCCGUGUCGCGACCUCGAGAGGCAGCGAGGAAGUACACAAGGGCGAGGGCGAUGGCAAGGACUCGGAAAUGAGCGAUGACGAGGACAUUAGCGAGGAGGACUCGGAAAUGAGCGAGGACGAGGGCGGCGGCUGGCCCGUUCAGGUGAAUAUCAAACCGUAUCAGACGACGGAUAUAAAGAACCCGUACGCGUACCUCCCGGAUCUGCCCACAUACAUCCACGGCAGGGGCUACCGGCCGGGGAGUGAGCGGGACGACGACAUCCUAGCUGCGAUUAUGAGUUCGGUGAAGAGAGUGCCAUGUGAGGGGAUGCUGAAGAAGGCGGACCCGCAUGAGGACCUGCAGCGGUUUAUCCAAAAGCACGGCGACGGCCAUGUUGAAAAAGCCUGGAACGAUCUGCUCAGAUACUACAAUUGGGCCAUUAACGGCAAGCAGUCUGCGUUGGAGGCGCUGCACGACGCGCACUAUCAGAUCCGGUCCGACGCGCGGCGCAUAUCCGAACUUUACCAGCGCAUAGAAAUGUACGGCGAGCGUGAGCAAGUAGCAAGCAUCCAGUACCUCGCGCGUGAGACCGAGGUGAAGGAACAGGCGAAAAAGAUCAGCGAGCUCGAGCAACAUGUCCGGGAGCUGGAAAUGGAACUCCAGCGCGCGAACCACUUGCUGAGGCGAAAGGAAGUAACCGAUGAGAUACAAAAGGCCGAUGCUUUUCUGCGCGUCGAAGAGCUUGAAAGAAAAGUCAUCGAGCAAAAUGUAAUGCUGGCAGCCAAGAGGUCGCCGGUCAAAAAGAAGGCGGUGAGGUCGCCGCGCAGGAAGCCAAGUUCGCCACCAGCCGCGCUGAAAUUGAAGAGAGCGUUGGAGAGUCGAGAGAAGAUUGAAGCCGACCUCCUGAAGGACCUAGAAAAAGCCACUGAACGCGGCAGGACUCUGGACUUGGAACUUCAAGGAAAGCAGAGGCAGCUCGGAAUUGCCGAGGCCAAGGUUGAGCGCCUACAGGUCAGACUUCGGGGGCGGAUCCACCCAAUGGUCAUUGACGACAACUCCCCCCCGGAGGAACACAUCAGAAGUCUCCGAGAUGAGUUGGAAGACGAGAGGGAGAAUACGAUCGACAAGGUUCGGGCGCUGGAACUUGAAAUUGCGAGGAUUUCUGAAAGGGCCAAGGAGCUAGAGUUCCAGGUCGACCAGCGAGACAGGCAGAAGGCGGACUUAGAGGCGAAGCUCGAAGAUCUGAGGGGAAAACACAGAAUCGCCGAAGACGAAAGAAUUCUGGCAGCAGAAAAAGCCAGGCGCAGAGCCCACAAGCUGGAACUCGCACUCGAAAACAAAGAGCGAGAAUUCCAGGACCAGAUGAUGAAGGCAGGCGUAGAAAUAGUGCAGUUGGUACAGCAGAAGACCGACUUGGAAAAUGUCAUUCUCGGGCUCGAGGGACAGGUGUCCAAGGCAAGUAUUGGCCUCCAAGCUGCUGCCAGUGCUGGCGACACUCUCGUGGAGGAGGGCGGCCCCCGGGAUUCCGUUCCAGCUCCUGGUUCAGCUCCGGAUCAAACGUCUGUUCCGGAAGUUGCAGUUGAAACUGUUGAUGAGCCUGCCCCGGAUCGAACUUCUGCCCCGGAGGCUGCUGUUGGGGAAGAGGACACCCAGGAAAAGGAAGAAAAGGGACUCGACCCAGAAACGGCACGGCGGCAAGUCCCAAGCACCCAGGUCGCCCCGGACGACCUACACGAAGAGCACGACAAGCCGGAGCAGGAUGGCGCCGAGGGCCAGGAAGGCAUCGAUGCACUGCGCAGGCAGCUACUCAAGUACCAGCGGGCAUUCGAAGACGUGACCAGGGAGCUGCAGACGAAGCGCAAGCAGCUGGAAGAGAGCUGGGCCGACGGCGCGCGCUUGGAGCCUUUCGAUUUCGAAGAAGACGAGGAUGCGUACGUGGCGGCCUUCACGCCCGCGGAGGGUCUUGCUCUUAUCCGGCACACGCUCGAGAAGCUGAGCCUAGUCGAGUCUGACGUACAUGGCAGCGUCGCUCUCAAGGCGCUGGCCAAAGAGUGCGACACAAGCCUCGCCUUGCUCAGCUUCCGAGUCAGGGAAAUCGACAGCGCACAGAGAGACAUGUGGGCCGAUCUGCGACGCGAGCUCUCCGCCGCCCAGAAGGCCGGGAAAAGCAUGCAAGAGAAGGUCAACAACGUGCAGUUGACGUUGUCCAAGUACGAGAACAUGGCCCACGAGCUUCUCCGGGACAAAGGAAGCCCCUUCAGGUUUUACGAAGACCUCGGGUUGCUGACCGAGCUCCAUACCAAGGUCAGGAGGCUCGAGGAGCAGCAAAGAAUGUACCAAGCGCAGCUUGCCAGAUACCACGCCUUGAACGUGCAGAGGCUUGAUGACCUGUUGCCUGGGCAGGUUCGGGCGCUCAAAGAGAAGCUGGCAUCGACCACAACGGAGGAAUUGCUCUCGGGGGGAUCCAAAGGAAUGGCCGAGCUAGACAACAUGAUCAACGAAAUUCGCAACCUGACCGAUCAAGGGCCCGCAGACCUCAUCUCGUCGGUACGGGAGCUUCCGGAGCAGUUCGCAUUCCAGGAGCAGCAGAUAUUAAACCUCCAGCAGAAUGUUGUCAGUCUCACCCAAAGGCUCAAGGAACUGGAGGCGGAAAAGCGGGUGGUCGAGGAUAUGCUGGCAACGUUGCUUUUCAAUUCAGCCCUGGCCGAAGAGUCUGAAAAACAAGAUGCAGAUGUACUCAAAGCAAGGAUUGCCAGGCUGGCGGAGCGCGGGCAGAAUCUGGCAGAGGAGAAGAAUGCACUCAAGAUGCGUAUCAACCAACUUUUGAGCCACAAGGAGAGGUUGACGUUCAUUCUGAACAAAGAGGAAAGAGAGGAGCGCCUCAAGCUCCAAGAACUGCUGCUGCAGUCGCUGGUCAAGGACCGGGGCCUCGAGGUGAUUGGAAGGCACCAGGAGGAUCUCUGCUUCUGCUACUUGUUCAGGUACUUCUUUCCCGAAGCUUACGAUGCCACUGUGCACGGUGGCUGCUGCGCUGGAGGCGGGUUGCAAAACUACGACGAACAGGAGGAGAUAAACACCGUUUGUCAGGGCCAUCACGGGCACGGGUCGCUGGCGGCCUACGGAUAUGUAUGGGUAUCUAGCUGCCAAGUGCUCACGGCCGUGGCGUGGCUGACGAUGCUGCUGCUCAUUCAACCGUACAACCUGAUCAAGACGGGGGUGUUUGGGCUCUCGGUGCUGGUUGGGCUGCCAGGCUACCUGCUCCGGAUGGCAUGGUUUGGUGUGAGGUAUGCAUGGUAUCGGCUGGCCGACUGGUGGCGACGACGACGGAACCGUCAACGACUCAGGUUGGAGGGCCCGCCCUGGCUAGACGUAGACGCAGAGCUAAAAAGACAACGACUGCCGCAGAAGCCGAGGCCGUGGUGGCUUGGGUACCGGCCGACAGCGGCGGCCGUGGUUGGCUCGGCGCUGUCUCUCGGAGUGGCCUUCACCAUGCUCGCGUUUUUGGCCGUCCGUGAGGAACGCAACCUUUGGAUUCAGGCCACCGACUGGCGUUUCGUAUACCUAGGCGACAUCUACCGUGCGAAGCCAUACCCCGGUUGGUCGCCCAUCAACGUCGACUUCCGCCUGUUGCUCGAUCCGAUAUCCACGCGUCUUACCGAGGGCCUACACAGCAUCGCCUUCCCUGGUAGCCUACACGGCAGCGCGAGGCUCGAGCGGCUGUGGGAAGAACUGCUAUGGCUGGGAAAUGACACGUUUGCGUCGUCGGUCUCCUAG